UUAGAUUUUUAGGAAAUUUUAAAAUGGAUUGUCCGUCGUGUAAAGUAGGACACCUGGUGGAGGAUAGUGUCGGAGCGCAAAUCACAAUGGUUUGUGAUGAGUGUGGUGCGAUGCAAGAGGGCAUGGGGCAAUUUACGAGGGAAGAAGGGGGUUAUGUGGGUCCAACUAUGUCGUUUGAGAAUAAAUAUCAAAGAGAUGUUGGCGCUUCACGUGAAAAACCAGAGUUGGUGAAAAAGGCGAAAGAAAUAAUUGAAGUUCUCGAAUUGAUGUUUAUAACUACGGGGAGAAAGAGAAACAAUAUUGCGUUUAUUGCGUCAUUUCUUGCUAUUGUUGCGCAACAAUCAAAGCAGAAGCGAUGCAUUACCCUGGAAACCUUUUGCAAACGAAAUGACUUUCGAUACGAAAGAAUCGAGAAACUCGUGAAAAUUUGUAAAGAUAGAAUACUGGAGUUGAAAAGCAGAUUACCAUGGAACAAAAAUGCACCGGAGAGAAAAGUUAGCUACCAUUGUUACAUUAAUGACAUCAUAAAGCAUAAACAUGUCUUCUCAUUGUUACAAGACAAUUACGAUUCUAAACAAGAGGACCUAACAUUCCUCCCGCCUCGUUACUUGCGACACACCCCGAUGCGAUACGUUGCUCCCAAGAGGAGUUAUGAUCAUGUUUCUACAUCCGAAGUCAUCAGUGAGAACGAGAUCCCCGAGUCCGAGAUGAAAGAUUACAUCCGGACUCCUGAGGAGGUCGCCGAAGUCAAGAAGAUUGAAGGAUUCCUGGUGAAGAAGGAUGAGUUCGAGAAGCGGAAGUCGAAACCUAAGAAAAGGAGAUUUGUGAUCAAGUAUUAAAAGGAAUGUCAAACCACUACACUGUGUUGUAUGCUAUGCUGCUGGGCAUAUUAUUAAUUCUAAAGGAGCAAUUUUAGGAUAAUGGGCCAACUCAGGCCAAAAUCCUAGGUCACAUGAAGUGCCUCACUGUGGGGUCUGACCCAUAUAGAAUAGACCAUUACAUUAACUGCAUUCGUUUAGUCAUUACAUUUAUUUUUUCAGUUAUUAGAUUCUUCUUAUUCAUUUGUUAUAUACACUACAUUUAUUCAGUACAUAGUUUAGGAAUUACUGGACAAUUCAAUCCAUUUACAAAAAGUCACCCAUAAUGUUUAUAACCACCUGCCGAGGGUAUGCUAUACUUCUUGAUGUGCUUUGCAAACGUUGCUCAAAUUAUGUUCUUUAAUUUUACCUGCCAGCUGUUUAAGUGAUUUUGUUUCUACCCUUUGUUGACUACUGUGACAUCACAAUAUACGGCUUCAUUUCUUUGUGA